AUGAUCCAAUUCGCCAAAUCCAUCAAAGACUUGGACGAUUACGUCGCCCAUAACAAGUACUUGGUGAUCAACUACACCGCCGCCUGGUGUGGUCCGUGCCAGCAUAUCAAACCCAUGGUGGACGCGUUGUACAGCGACUCCAACGAGCGCUACGCCAAGGUCGAGAUCGUCAGAGUCGACUUGGACACCAAUCAGGACGCUGCCACCCGCCACAACAUCACCAGUGUCCCCACUUUCUUGUUCUUCGAAAACGGAGCCGAAAAGGCCCGGGUUAGUGGUGCCAACUUGAACGAUCUCAUCAAGGAAUUGGACGCCAUCAAUAGCAGGGCCAAGGACGACCCCCUGGCCGGCAGAGCCGGCAACGGCGCUUCCUUCGAACGGGUUGCUGCCGACCCAGCUUACAACGCCAUCGCAGGCAAGGUGCCCAAGGGUUACGAGGUGUUGAACGGCCUGAUCCAUUUUGGCGACUUCGAGGCCUUGAACGUCGAUUCUCUCUACGGUGGUGAUGUCAAGGACUUGUUUCGCUUGGGCGCCAAAGACAAUACGACGGUGUACUCUGAUGCCGACUCCCAGAUGUUGCUCUACGUGCCGCUUCUCACCAUCUCUAAGGUCUACUCCAUAUGGAUCAAAACCGCCAAAGUGGCCAAAGCUGACAACAUCAAGCUCGAGGACGACGAGAUUGAAGAGACACAAAGUCCCAACCUUGUCAAGGUGUGGCCAAACCACUCAAGCAUUAUCUCCUUUGACGACGCCGCUUCCGAUUCUGCUCCACACGUGGAGAAGAUAGAUGGCCAGGAUGGGUGGUAUGAAUGCAAGUUGAAGUUUGUUCGGUUCCAGAACGUGCAGAGCUUGAACUUAUUUUUUGAUGGUGACGACGAAGAUUACCAUACUGUGAUCGAGAAGAUCUUGCUUGUGGGUGUUAACGGGGAGAGUAAGGAACAAGGCAAGAUCCAGGACGAUUAG